UGCGAUGAUCCGUCCACUAAUAAUUGCUAUAAAUAUUGCAGCCGAUCGAGAGACCUCCCACACCACAAUAUAGCGCAAAUCCAGCCCAAAUCUCUUUUAUAUAUUCAUAUCACCGUUUCACGUUCUCCACUCAUCUAACGAAUACCACCUACUUCUCCUAGCAAAAGUAUUUGAUUAUCGGCAAAAUAUGAAGCUGCAGGCGAUCAGUCCCAUCUUCGUUCUCGGAUCUCUUCUCUUUCUGCUUCUGUGCUUCCAUAAUCCAACAUCAGUCACAGCUCAAGAAGUCGAGGAUGAGAGUGAAUUUGAUUAUGGGGAAGGAAGUGAGAAGGGGCCUCACAGAUGGGGAGAGCUGAAGAAGGAAUGGGCAGCGUGCAAGAACGGAGAAAUGCAGUCUCCCAUCGACAUGUGCAACCAGAGGGUCAAAAUAAUCCUUAGGAAAAGAGAGUUAAAGAGAGAUUACAAGCCCGCCAAUGCACUUCUCAAGAACAGAGGCCAUGAUAUCUCGCUUCAGUGGGAACUGGGCGAGGCUGGAUCCAUUAAGAUCAACGGCACAAAUUACUUACUGCAGCAAGGCCACUGGCACUCCCCUUCCGAGCACUCCAUCAAUGGCCGCAGGUACGACAUGGAACUGCACUUGGUCCACGUUAGCCCAGACAGCAGAGUGAAGAACAAGAUUGCCGUGAUUGGGGUCCUCUACAAGAUUGGUCGCCCCGAUGCUUUCCUCUCCCAAUUGCUGAAGAAUAUAUCGUCUAUAGCCGACACAAAGGAAGAGAGUGAUAUGGGAGUGGUUGAUCCCAGAGAGAUUAAACUGGGUGGAAAGAAGUAUUACAGAUAUAUGGGUUCCCUCACUGUUCCGCCUUGCACUGAAGGUGUUAUCUGGACAAUUAGCAAGAAGGUGAGGACUGUGUCGAAAGAGCAAGUGCAUUUACUGCGCGAGGCUGUUCAUGAUUAUGCAGAGAUGAACGCAAGGCCACUGCAGGCAAUCAACGGUAGAGAUAUCCAACUCUAUGGCCAGUAGUUUCAGCUCAACAGACUCAGCAAAGCAUCAAAGAAGACGACGAAGAAGAGUGAAAGUUUCAGAUUACGAUGAGCUUUGCAACAGGCUUCUAGUGCCAAUAUUUUUGGGCAUUCACCAGCCAGGUCCAUGGAAGUUCGUAGAGACAUCGAUAAAACUAUAUAUUUAUGUUUACUGUAUACGUUCUUUGCUAAGGACAUUAAGUUUAGUAUAUAGAUUUUAUAUUUGAUUAUAUAUAUAUAUAACAUUUAAAUUAUUUUAA